GGGAAGCGUGCUGACGUCACACGCAGAGCUCAUCAUGGCGGUGGAUUUGACUCCUCGCUUCAGAAGGUUGAACAGCCAAACAAGAAGCUUGCGUGAAAAUAUACAGCACGUUUUCUCUGGGCCCUUUGGUGCCACUCAGCUAUGGCACAGCAUCAUCCAGGCCCUGCAAACCCAGGUGGAGGUGCGUCGCUGCAGGAGGAACCUACGCGUCCAUGCCGAAUGUUUCACAGGCUCAGAUGCUGUGGACGCCGUCCUCGGCUAUCUGAUGCAGAAUGUGGUGUUUUGCUCGAGUGAGGUGUCUCGUCUCAAAGCUGCUCGGCUCUGCCAGGCUCUGAUGGAGGCGAAGGUGUUUGAGCCAGUGGGCACAAAGCGGUUUCGCAGAGACAAGGAAGUGACGUUUGAGGACAGCAGCUGCAGCCUCUACCGUUUCCUGGAAUAUAAAGUGGUACCCAGCUCUUCCAUGAAGGGAUGCCGUAGUGUCACAGAAAACAUGUCCCCAGAGGAGCCGGAGACUAAGAGAAAGAAGAGCUCCAGAAACGAACUGAGAACAAUCUCCAAUCCUCUUGCUGUCGGCCCAUCAGACAAGAGGGUUGAGAGGCUGCUGGGGAACAUCAACCUCCGGCCCACCAUGUCACCGGGUCUACAUACAGCUGCAGCAUCCUCCGUCUCUCUGUCCAAGGCUGCGGUAGAGGAGGUUUGGAAGCAGCAGACGCUGCUGCAGCUGCUGCAGAUAGUGGAGUUGCCCAUGCUGGACUGCAUCCUGACCUCUCCUUCCAGUGCUGAGCCUCAGGCCUGCAGAGCUCUUCUGACCACCCAGGACCUGGUUAUCUCCAACACGUGUCUGGAGAGAGAGAUACCCGACUCCCUUAACCUGCCUAAGAUGGAUGAGUGGCUGUCGGCAGCAGCAGACUGUUUGGAGCUCUUCCCCGACCAGCUGAUUGUGUUUGCAGGGGAGCAGCUCCGCCAAGGCAGCGAUGCCUCUGCAGAGGAUGGAAAUGCAGAGCAGAGGUCCACCCAGAAGAGACUGCUCUUUGAAACCAUUGCCAAGUACUACAGUGGACAGGAAAAAGCUCCACUUCUCUCGGGACGCUACCUGGAUAUACAUGUUGCAAUUCUGAAUCUCCUCGAUGGAGGGAAGGUGCAGGAUUCCAUCAAAGCAUCUCAGUUGUGUUUGCGACUUCUGGAGAGAAAUGUGAGAGAUGAGCUGCGGAGAUUACUGGCCUUCAUGGCCACAGCAGCUCACCCAGAUGCCUGUCGUCUACAGAAACAAACCGAUAAUAAGGCCUUGGUCUGCCGCACUUUUCAGAGAGCAAUUGUCCAGAAUCACGAACUGACUCGAUCCCAGAGUGAAACCCUGGUUCUGUUUCUCAUGGACAGUCACACUGAGCUCUUCAAGACCCCUACGUCCCUUAUUGAAGCUGUGAGAAAAACACUGAGGACUAUGCAGCUGGGAAAAGACCCUGAUUCAAUUGCUACGUUCACCUUCUGCCAGCAGGCGACCCCGCAGGAGUACGAGGACCAGCGUGAGGCUACCACCCUGGAGAGCCUCAAACAGCUUCUGCGUGAUAUUUCCUCCAGUGAGAGCAUGUCUGCCAAGGACAAGAGGAGGCUGCUCAAAGAGUUCGAAAAGCAUCACCCUGUGGUUUUCCUCCAACAUUUCUCCCCCGCACCUUCUGAAACGUACAGCUGGAGGGUACCGGUUUGAUUUUCAAGGUGCACUUGACAGAGCCAGUGUGUGAUGGUACAGCGCUUACACUGAGGAAUGAUAACAUUUUAACUAGAUAAAACAUGUUGGCCUUAUAAUUCUGGAUGCUUUAAAAAAACUGCCAUACAAAUCUAGUGUGUAGAGAUGGAUUGAUGCCUUAUAUAAAUGUUUACGCAGCAUGUUGUGUGGCUGCAGCCUCCCUAAUUUCUUUUAAAACACAGUGGGCUUCGAUAGUCAAGGUUCUAUUUGUCGUAAUGCUUUAAGUAUUGCAAUGGGUGUUUUGUAAACAAGUUCUUUUAGUAAUGCAUGUAUUUUUCAAAGUAACGUAGUGGUGACAAGGUGGUUAGCACUGUUUCCUAACACAGCAAGAAGGUUCCCUGUUUGAAUCCCAGCUUGGCCAGGCACCUCUCUGUGUGGGGUUUGCAUGUUUUCCCAAUGACUUUGUGGGUUUUCUGUGGGUAUUCCAGCUUCCUCCCACAGUCCAAUGAAGUGCAGACUGGGGUUAUGUCAUUUGGAGACUCUAACUUCACCGUCGGUGGGAAUGUGAGAGUGACGGUUGUUUGUCUCUGCAUGUUGACCCAACAAUAUGCCAGCUACCUGUCUUUGAUUGGCUUCAGUUCCCCCUGUGACCGUCAAAGUAUAUGUGGUGAAGAUAAUGGAUGAAUGUGACUGGUUUUGCACUGGUCCAUGAAGGAUAAAUGAUCAGUUCAUCUGAUAUAAUCAAUGUCUAAAGGUGGUCGUCUCUGAGCUGAGAAAUCUCGAGCUGUGGCAUACUGUUGUUACUCAACUAACGAGAAACACUAAAUUUUAGGAUGCAGAAAUUCAAGAUUUUAUGAAAUAUAAUGAAGUUAUAAAACAUAACAACAGGGAUCCCUGGAAAACGGUUUAUCAGCCAUUUAGUCGACUGUAUUGAGGCUGGGAAACAGCAAAUGUUCCAACUGUUGUGUAUCUUGCAGUUUUGGAAAAGCGAUUGUGCACUUUGAUAAGGAAUUCAUAUUCAUACAUAUCUAGUGAAGAAUAGCAAUAAUAUAGCAGCCAUUUUCUUUUGGUUUUGAAGUUUUACUGUAGCUUGCAAUGUUGCGUUUGGAAAAAAAACUCUAAUGUAGCUGAAGUUUAACACAGGAUGUAAAUUGUUUUUGUUAGAGAUGAAGCACAAUGUUUUCCUCCUGUGAAAUGAAUAUGAAAUGUGUGAGUGUUAAGCUAACAGGAGCUCAGGUUAAUAUGAAGUUUAUUAUUUUAAUGGGGAUUCGAGUCGCACUAACUUGGUAAAAUAUGUUGGAGUUAUAACUUUGUAGGGUUUUACUUGAACAAUGAAUAUUAAAAGGCUAAUAAUCUAAUCUUUGGUGAAGCACAGGACCUCGGUUGGAUUCUAUUCUUUUAACUGGUGAGGUCAUGCUCAUUAAAACAAAAGUUGCUCUACAAUCGUCAGUCAGCAUCUUUUGUUCCGUGUGCCAACACUAAAAUCAUGUUAGAAUGCACUUUAAAAUGCUGAAACAUGCUUUAUUUUCCGUCUGAAUAAAAUGUGUAAUUGAUC